AUGACGGACGUUGACAAGCACGUUGAUGUAGAUGCAAUUCUCGAAGCUUAUGCGUGGAAGACGUUUCGAGAUGCCGUUGGCAUUAAAAAGUCAGGAUUGGACGCUUUUAAACACCUUGAACGAGAAGAAGCUGAGUUUACUAUUGUAAGUUAACUUGUUUUGUCAUCAUAAUUUAGGUAACUUUAUAUCUCAUCAAUGAUAUUUAGAAACUGUAAAUUUAUCGAAAAUUGUGAUUCUAUUCUACUAUAAAAGUAUCAAAAACAUGUUUUUUUAAAGUAUUUAAAUGAUGACAUUUCAAUACCAUUUUCGUCACUUUUAGGACCGCCGACGGCUAGUACUCAUCCAUGGUGACCCCGACUACAAGUCGAUGCAGCUGAGUGGAGCCAAACCUAACACAAUAUUCAAGUCAGUUUUCACGAACAACACUUCACAACCUCAGGCCUACUCGUUGAAGACGGAAAGGACUAGUGAGAGUAUCGUAGGAGUCGUCAGAGAACAAGGAUUCAUGAUUGGUGCUGAGGCUGAACUCACUUUGAAAACACCUUGUAAGUGUCAUUUAUGAUUGAAAGUCUAGAUUUCAAAGAAAAACGUUAAAAGCAAUUAUUUAUAAAUAUUUAAAUACAGAAACAUAUUAUUGUAGGUGAAAUAGCAGAGCUUAAAACCGGUUUCAAGCACGAAACUCACUUCAACAACCUGAACGAAACAACCAAAAGCGAGAUUCUGUCGUGGUCAGUAGACUCAAAUAUAAUGGUACCGCCUGGAGCACAAACUGAAGCUGCCAUUGUGAUAGAAGAACUUAACUACAAUGGUUCAUAUUCCCUACAAUCAACGUUAUCAGGAGUUGUAACUAUUGUCAUCAAACGAGUCAAAGAUGGAGCUUUGGUGCUUCCUGUCACUGCCAAUAUUGCUACUAUCUUCCAGGUAAAUGUUUUAUAUUGUUUAGAAAACAAUGAACGUUAUUAUUGUAUAUAGUUUAAAAUUUUAAACUGGUCAAAAAGUUUUUAGAAGUGGUUUUUUGUGCAAAUUUCACAUAAUUUUUGAGUUUUUUACCGAUUUUUUUGAGCAAAACUGAAAACUAACAAGUUUUUUGAAAAGCUUAUUAUAAUUUGUUCUUUAGGAUUCUAUGAACUCUUCCAAGAAGUUCCAACAUGUAGCCAUCGAAGACCGGAAGGUCAAAAUACAAUCUAAAGGCCACUGCCACUUCCAGGUAAGCAUAUCAAUGUUGUAAACUGCCAACACUCUGUCAUUUUAAAAGAACUGUUACCAGAGCAAAUAUUAAUUUAAGUAUCAAACAAAUUUCUAGAAAAUUUGGCUAUGUUACAGUAAUCUGUACUUUCAGUUCGCAAUGAAACAGUACGUUGAGCUUAAAGAAUUGUCAACUCCGCGUGAUAUGUCCAAAGAAUAUCAACGAAUGAACCUCCAAGGCAUUUAA